AAACCAUUUUCGCUGACUCGCGUUUGCGACCAUCAGAUAGUUGAAACGGCCGCAGUCAUCAGAGGAAAAACUUCGUGCUCCGUGAUUUUCUUCAAUCGUUGUGCGAUCAUCGUAGUUAGUGCGUGUGUGGAUGGAUUUAUUUAACGUGGAAACGUAACAUUAUACGGAUUUUAUUCGAUCUCUUCUCAUCCGUUGUUGUGUUCAUUGUGGUGGAUUUCCAAUAGUGAGGUAAAUAGAAUCCGUGUGUGAAUGAAAACAAAGACCCUCCACGGUCAACAGGCAAGAGGUCGAGUGAAAAAUUUAUGGUGCGUUGGAGUUCGGAUGCAAUUUUGCUACCAAUCAUUGGCCUGUGCUUGUGGGUUGACGGCCGCGGGUAGUUCAGGGUGAAGGGUUUUUGUACUGAAUGAUUGCUGGCUGGCGUUGAUGAGGUGAUCUCUCUGUUCUGGGUGCUUCUACGGCUGCUGCCGUUUUUGUUCCGUUGUGUUUCGGGUGGCUCUAGUACGCUACGGUGACUGGCCCUGGGGGCAAGGUAGCAACCGAAAUUGAAAAAUAUAAAAAAAGGUAUUCCCGUUUGGAGGCCGAUGCGAUGCUUUGUGUUAACGAUUAGUGAAUUAAAUUUUGCUUUUUCGGUCAUCCGUCAACAGAGAAUGUGCUGAUAGAGGUGGAAUAUAAACGCAGUUUGAAUUUUUUUUUUCUAUGCUAUCGAUUGACAUGAGAUUUAGCUAAUUAUUGCUCAAAGUGUACUUUUGUGACAGUGUUUCGAUGUUGACGGAAUUAGCAGCUCAGUUCAUCCGGAUGUCAACACUUACAUCUUAGACUGAAAGAUAAAAAAUAUCACUAAUACAAGGAUCGCGAGCAAAGCCUCGAAGACACCGCAGUUUUGAUUCAUCUUAACCCAUUCUUAAACAAGGGAAUAGCCAGUUUGGAUUUACUGUUGAUGGUUUUGGAAAAUAGUAGUGCAAAAUAUGUAAAACGUCUGCCGUAACAGCACUCAGCCGUGUGCAAAAAAACGGAAGGAAUCCGCCGGAAAGUGAGGAAAAUGGUAUUAUGUGGCCAACUUCGCCUACCAUUCCGUCCCUGGUGAAUCAGCAGUCGGAAAUGUUAAUGAAGAUAAGAGAAGCAGUGUUACGAUUCGGUUUUUAUUGCCGUUGUUUACCUGUGUCUCGUUCGGUGAUUAUGAUUGGUGAGGUGAAAUGAUAAUUACACCAAGUGCAGCUAGCACCGCACCGAAGAAGAAGCAUAAGCCAUCUGUUGUUUGCGACGACGACAGCAGCUGCUGCGGUUCCAGGGCCACCCCCGAUCGUGUGUGAAACGUUUCCACGAAAAUACAGCAAUCAAGGCAUUUUGUUGUUAAACAUAGAAGAAGUCGAUGCUGAUCUGUGCAAAGUGGUUUGUCUGAUCUGAGGUGGAACGUAGUGAUCCCUAAUUAUCUCCAUUCUAGUGGGUGGAAGCUGGGUAAAUUAAUUGUUGCCAGAGUGAAUGACACUGAUAGGGCCGGGAGCCCCAGGAAUGGCAUUUAUGAUGAAGAAGAAAAAAUAUAAGUUUACGGUGGAACUGCACCUGGAAGAGUUGGUGGAGGUGCCGUUCCUGAAUGCGGUAUUGUUCGCGAAAAUUCGACUGCUGGACGGUGGAUCAUUUCAGGAGCACAGCAAUAGAGAGGAGGUGAAGAAUCAUACAGUCAAAUGGGGCCAAAAGUUUGAGUUUCCCUGUAAGAUGACAUCGAAUGCGUCAACCGGGGUGCUGGAUCCCUGCACGGUGCGAAUAUCGGUGCGGAAGGAGAUUAAGGGGGGUAGGAGUUACCAGAAAUUAGGUUUUAUAGAUUUAAAUUUAGCCGAAUUUGCGGGUUCUGGACUAACGUCCCGCAAAUGCCUGCUGGAGGGCUACGAUACCCGGCACCGACAGGAUAACUCCAUGCUGAAUGUGUCGAUACGUAUGCACAUGAUUCAGGGUGAUAUUUUGUUCAAAGUUCCUUCGCCAAGUCCGAAAUCGAAAACGACCCCCCAGGAUAACCUUGGACUUGGUCUGCAACCUGUAUCCGUUGGGGGUCCACCCGCGGUGGUAGCACCGGUAGCUGCCAACCGUGUUUCUACCAAAGACGAUUCAUCGAUAGCGUCUGGCUCGUCUGGUUUCGAUUCGCUAACCAAGAAGAAAACGCCUCUGUUUGCGACUGCGGAUCACCAACAAUCCAUCGAGCUGGAUCCGCAGUCCUUCCUGGUGACUGAUUCCGGUAUAUCUGAAUCUUCCGAACCGCCAUCGUCGUUGUUGGACUCCACUACCUCCCAGGCGACGCUAUCCUCCCUACAAACGCACCUCGUCGGCAAUAGUGUGCAGUGUCCAGUGGGCAGUGGAUCAGCGGGUACCGGAGGGGUAACGUGCACAACAGUGACCACGGCAGCGGCAGGAACGGUGCCCGGGAGUAUUGAAUUGGGUCACUCCCGCAAUUCGAGUAACACUAGUCAAAUGUCCAAAGGUUCCGGUUACAGUAGUUUCUCCCACAGUCAACAUUCGCGGCAAAGCUCCGAAGGCGACUCUGGACAUCAAAGGUUGCGUCCGUCAUUGCAAACUAAGAGCCAAGAUGCUUCGAAAAAGCAUAGCUAUUCACCCGUAGUUAAUGGUAAUCGUUUUGCUAAUGUUAAUAAAAAAUUCAUCACCAGUGUCGCUGGUCCAGGAGCGACCGGGGCAACUGUGAACGGCGGUGGCAGUAGCAGCAGUGAGGGAACUCCGACUAAGGUUAUGACAGCCCACCGGCUUCUCAGCAAACUGAGGAUUCCGCAAAGUCCUAACUCGGACUCGGGAGAUGAAAUAUUCGUUACACCGGAUGUUACUGUCAUGUCGGACGAGGGUGCAUCCAGCGAGGACAGGACCGAUUCCGGGUUGGAUGAAUUUGGAACGCCCACAUCGGACAUUCCGCUUUCGAGGAUGAUGAAAAUGAAAAGUAUGAAUAAUCUCUCGGUGACGAAGAGUAACAUAUUCUUCCCGGAGAUCGAUUUGGACAGUGGGACAAACCAGAAUGAUCGAUAUAAUGGUACACCUGGUCAACAAAAUCUAAGUCGCAUGAAGUCUUUGGGAAAUCUUUCAGCUUACGAGCGAGAGUUCGGAGCGACUCCCGUUGAUCUGCUCAAGUUGAAAAAAGACUUUGAAUUGAGAAGGUUCAGUUUUGCGAAAAUGAAAUCGCUAUCCGAUCUAAACGACGAAAGCGAAGAUUUGCUGGCACAAAGAAGAAAACAAGUAUCGAAGGAGAAUGAACUAAAUUCUCCAUCUCCCGUUGAGGAGAAGAAGACCACUUUCCAGAGAAAUGGAAUUGAUCUUGCGCAUCGUUUCCAACCGUUCCAAAUAAGAAAUUCCUUCCACAGUGGCAUUUACCGCAAAAAGGCUGGUAUUGGUUAUACGCGAUACAUCGGUAUCGAGGAUGAAACGCCAUCGCCACUGACCAAAAUUAAUUCCAUUCCCUCUCUAAGCGCCACAGAUCGCAUCGAUCCUAAUCCAUUCCUUACACCUAACAUAGGCCGGAAACGAUUUUCGUCAUCGAGCAACAGUCCCGAUGAAAACGAUCAAUCUCCGGUGGAACUUCGAACGGCCAGAAAACUCGAUGUAGAUUGUGAUGUGGUAGAUUCAGCUUCGUACCAGUUGCGAGCGCCAUUCGAACGCAAUUUUCGUAAAAGCUCCCCUUCAGAAGAUGUCCGACCCGCACAACCGAUGGCCCCAUUCCGUCAGUCCGACAGUAACUUUUACAACAUUAUCCGCAACUAUCCGAUCGGAAAAUCUUCAUCGGUCAACUUGGAAUGGCUCAAACAUCGAUCGUCGUUCAAUAAUUUUCCGUUAAGCGUCAAAAAUACCACAACCGUAACGAAAGCGGGAUCGGCUGGACCACCGCAAAUAGUGCAUAUAACAUCUCCAACGAAAACGCUGACCAACAGAACGGCACCCAGUUCGCCAUCGUCGAAUCAGUACGGUUCUCGCGCCAAUCAUAGGAACAUUAGCGGUUUGCACCGCCGCCUUCUGGAUGGUAGUACUCGUCAAUUAACCUCACUAACCCUCGUAACACCGGUGGCAUCAGCGGCGGCACCUGGCAGCGGACCGUCCGUACCGUCGACCGUUACCAUCAGCCCCCAGUCUAUGGCUGCGGUUACUGGCUUCGGCACUGAACACGACCGGGCGGCCGACGCACAGUGUUCGUCGUUCUGUGAUUCCGCUUUUGGCGCCGGAAUUAACAAUGGCCUUUCCAGCACUAGCUCUACUACUAACACCGGCAUCAUUGGUGGCGGAAGCUCAUCCACACUGCUAGGCCUUGCUACGCCUACGUCACUAGCUUUAAGGCGUCCCAGUGCUAACAUAAAUCCCAGUUCCAGUUCUAUUCCAAUGAGUGAAACGGGAUCGCUCGAUCGGAUGAAAUCUGCAGCGGAGCGUCGAAAGAAAGGUGCACUAGAAAGUGACAGCGGGACGAUACCGACCGUUUCCGGUCGAGUGGAAGGAACCCGUGUCAAUACCGGUUUGAUAAUUGACGAGUUGCUGAAAAACACCAAGCUAGAUCAUUUGGAGGAAUCGGAAUCCCCCGCCGGUCUGGCCCUGUACAUCAGCAGCGACGGAACAACGACCCUUGGCAGCCACGAGGUCAAAUCACGAAUGCCGGCCGGAGUAUUCAAGCAAGUGGUGAUGGAGAACCCGAGAUAGUAGCAACAGUAAAGCCGGCCAGCGUUGUUCAAGUAUUCCCGCACUCGUCACAGCCGCGAACUGCAAUAUUAUCUCCGAGUGUCGUGCUUUGCAUAUGCUUCCCAGUUGUUACAUUAAACAAGUGAUGUGAGAUAUGCACCUAGUAUCGCAAGCAAAAUGUGAAUAAACUACUAAGUUCUGUUAAACGCCUCGGCGUUACUAAUUUUUUGUUGGAAAAAGGUAGUCUGUCUAUAAUUUCCUUUGUUAGUGCGGUUAGGAGUUUAAGGGUUUAACAUUUACUACGUAAACCUUCAUCCGAUCAAGCAUUAUUAUUUAUUGUCUUUAGUUUUAUUUUUUUAGUUUCACUGCGCCAUUAUGAGUGUGUAUUCUAAGCAAAGGUAUUCUAGCCUUAACUUAAUUAAGCAACAGCUAGCUGUGACGAUUAGAAUACAAAGUAAUACACAUCUCAAAGCAAGUCAUACAAUUUAACAAAGCAAACAUCUGUGAAUAGAUAUCGAGAAAUUGCGAAAAUGUUUCGCAAAAGGUACUUUACAAAACACUUUGUUUUCCUUGGUAUUAAUUUUAUUCUACAAUUUUAAUCGGUUAGUUAAUUUCUUCUUAUGUGUACAGUUGAAUAGUUCGGUCAAACGAUUCGAAGAAAAAUGAUUCAUCAUCUUUGUUGUGUAAAUACAGUGUAAAAUAUUUAAAAAUAAUUAUUUUAAAACAUUUAUUUAAGAGAAACCAAUUGUUGUGAUUUUUAGAAACUGCAAAUUGACGCAUUGUAUUGGCAGACCGCGGUACUAGUAUUUCAAAAAAGUAAACGGAAAGUGUGGAACAUCAAACAAAGCUGAUAUAGCGAUAUAUGCUAAAUCUGGUAGCAUCAUGACAUGGUUUUAUCGAAGCUUAACCUAUUUUUAAAGCGAAAAACGGGAAACGAAAAACUAAUACGUUUCGUAGGAAAAUUUAAGAAAAUACGUAUCCAAGAUAAAGUUCAGCAAAAAAAAAUCAAACCAUAAAAAUAUAGACAAAAAUUAAACCGAAACGAACUAUCGUUUGAGUAGCUUCAGGUGACACGUUAGUGAUCCACACGUUGGGCAGAAAUAAAACAAAAUUGCAUGUAUCACAACUCAACAAUAAACACAAACAAUAAAACUAGAAACAUGAGGCUCAAUUCAAAACCAGUA